AUGGCUCCAACGUUACAACAGUGCCUCGUCUGCUUUAACCCCUAUAGAAGCACUCCAGACGGAAAGUUAUGUCGGCACGGAGGUAAAGUGAAAAGACAGGAAUGCUCGGGGUCCCGGAAAAAAGUUGAUCCAUCGGGCGCGAGGGCUGCUUCGCCUCUCGGGGGUCGCCGGGUCAACCAGGGCAAUCUGGUCAACAAGCGUCUAAUCGAAUAUUCAACUAUUGGUCUCGAAACCCUGGUACUGUGCUUUGAUGGGUUCAAUAAUGCCAAAUCACAAAAGCACAACCCCAAUCGGUGGAUCAACGCUGUGUCAUCUUGUAUUGAACAGGGAAACCUGUCCUCAGCUGUCAGACUUGUCUGUUCGCCGGAGGGCCUGGCGGAGAGCUCGCCAGCCACUUUCGAUAAAUUAUGUUCCAUCCACCCAAAAAUUCCGGUGAACAGGCGGGUCUUCCCCGCAUUGACACCAACGGCUGGUUGCGUUUCUCCCGCCGAGGUGCUGAGGGCCGUUAAAUUGUUCAAAAACGGUUCUUCUGGAGGCCUGGAUGGCCUACGACCCCAGCACCUUAAGGAUGUUUUUUCAGGCCCCUUGCCAAUCGACGACACACUGAACUCCUUAACCAAAUUCAUUAAUUUGAUCCUAUCUGGAGCUUGCCCACUCUCCGUCCGCCGUUUGCCCAAAUUGAUGUACUUCCUGUGUACAUCCAAACACAUUGACCCUUCUAAAUUGGGCGAAUUUGACGGAGCCCUGCGCACCGCCCUGUCGUCGAUUUGCAAUGUUCAAGUGGCCGACACGCUAAACGAAUACAUUUGUCGGCUCUUCUCCAAGGCUUCAAUCCAGGUUCUCAAGGAACCAUCCGGCAUUUCUGCGCAUGAUGGUAGGCGCCCGGACGGAUGCACACUAAUACCUUGGAGAGCCGGCAGAUGUUUGGCGUGGGAUGUUACGGUCCCUGGCACCUUCGCCGAACGAUAUGUAAACCUGACAAGUAAAGAAUGUGGUUUGGCCGCGGCCAGGGCAGCGGACGAGAAAAUGAAAAAAUAUGGGAACGCCCUCCCCUCGAUGGAAUUCUUGCCAAUAUGUAUCGAGGUUCUCGGCCCGAUGGACCCCAACACCCUUAAAUUUCUUAAGGCAAUAUGUAAAAUGAUCAGCGUGAGAUCAGGCAACAGCAGGGAACUGUUUUUCGCAACUAACCACAUUUCGUGCUUGUUGCAGCGGUUCCUGCGUGUCUGUGUGCUUGAAAAUAUCCAACUGAAUGCCGACAUGUGCAAUUAA